AUGAAAAAGAGUUUGCUGUUGCCAAAACACAAUCGACCACAGCGCUUGACGAUUGAUGUCCGUGAUAUAAGUGAGGCGAGAAAUGUUUGGUAUAAUAAAGUACAGCUGGAAGUGUUCAAUGAAGAGUUUCGGAGUCUAAGCCAAACUGGAUACGUCAAGAGUAGCAGUCGUUUGAAGUUCUACUCUCCGUUUAUGCAUAACGGAAUCAUUCGCAUGAGAGGUCGUUUACAAAAUGAUGAUAAACCUUUUGAAGUCAAUAAUCCUGUAAUCCUGCCUAACAACCAUCAGUUUUCAACAUUAUUGAUUCGAAUGUACCACAUUGCCAAUGCACAUCAAGGGCUAGAAACCGUCAUUACCAAUAUCAAAGAACGUCAUCGUAUCCUGAAGAUCCGUUCGCAGGUGAAGAAAUACGCAAAGUCCUGUAUCAAAUGUCGAGAGUUAAGAGGAAAACCGACUGUUCCGCAAAUGGGUAACCUGCCUCCUGAAAGGACAACUCCCUUCGUGUUUCCUUUUACCAGUACGGGAAUUGAUUACUUCGGUCCCUUGUGUAUAAAAAUUGGACGCCGGUUGGAAAAAAGAUGGGUAGUAUUAUUUACCUGCAUGACUUCAAGGGCCAUUCACUUAGAAGUCGUACCGUUUCUAGACACUAACAGCUGUAUAAUGGCGAUCCGUUGCUUCAUGUCAAUUCGUGGUUUACCACAGUGCAUUAUGACAGACAAUGGCACUAAUUUUACCGGCGCAGAUAAGGAACUAAAACAAUUGGUAAGAACAUUGGAUCAGCCGCAAAUUGAAAGUUCAUUAAGCGUUAGGGGCGUCGAAUGGAAAUUUAUUCCCCCUGGAACACCGCAUUUCGGAGGACGCUGGGAGCGGUUAGUGAGAACUGUGAAAACUGCACUUCGAGCAAUGCUACGGGAAACACAUCCAACGGAAUUGGUCUUACGGACAGCUUUGUGUGAGGUAAUGAAUGUAAUUAACAAUAGACCGUUGACGCAUAUAUCCAAUGACCCUCAAGAGCCUGAACCACUGACGCCAAACAUGUUGCUGCUAGGUCGAAACAAUUCAAUUCAAUUUGAUCACGAUUUUGAUGAGCGAGAUCUGAACUGUCGUGCAGCCUAUAAGCACGCACAGGUAUUUGUAGAUAGGUUUUGGCGCAAAUGGAUAGCUGCAUAUCUACCAGAGCUGAUGAGGAGCCGGAAGUGGCCGGAUAGUAGAAACUAUCGUGAAUAUGUGAAUCGUGAAUCGUGGAUGAAUCUCUCCAUCGUGGAAACUGGCCAAAAGGUGUGGUAG